AUGGAGUUAGGAAGCAUAGUGCAGUUCCUUGAGGACAAGUCCAUCUUACUCACGGGUGCUACUGGCUUCCUUGCAAAAAUCUUUGUGGAGAAGAUACUUAGAGUCCAACCAAACGUGAAAAAAUUAUAUCUUCUUUUGAGAACCACGGAUACUAAAUCUACCGAGCAUCGUUUGCAUCAUGAGAUAAUAGGAAAGGACUUGUUCAAGGUUCUGAAGAAAACCCUUGGAGCAAACUUCGAUUCCUUUGUAUCAGAAAAGUUGAGUGUGGUGGCUGGUGACAUUUCUCGAGAGAACUUGGAUUUGAAAGAUUCCAUUUUAAGGGAUGAGAUCUACAAUCAAAUUGAUGUUAUUGUUAAUAUAGCUGCAACAACUAAAUUUGAUGAAAGAUAUGAUGUGGCAAUGGGCAUAAAUACAUUAGGAGUUCAGAAUAUCUUGAGCUUCUCCCAUCAAUGUAAUAAACUCAAGAUGCUUGUCCACGUCUCAACAGCUUAUGUAUGUGGUGAGAGAGAAGGACUGAUAUUAGAAGAUCCACAGCACAUGGGUGUGUCACUGAAUGGAGUGCCUGGAUUGGACAUCGAAAUGGAAAUGAAAUUGGUGCAACAACAAUUGAAUCACCUUCAGCAGAAAGGAGCCACCCAACAUGAAAUUAAACUUGCCAUGAAGGACUUGGGCAUCAAAAGAGCAACUCUAUAUGGUUGGCCAAAUACAUAUCUAUUUACAAAAGCAAUGGGCGAAAUGCUUUUAACAAAUUCGAAGAAAAAUAUGCCCAUUGUCCUCAUUCGACCUACAACUAUUAGCAGCACUUACAAAGAGCCUUUUCCAGGUUGGAUAGAAGGUGUAAGGCAAAUGGACAGUUUCGCUGUUGCGUACGGUAAAGGAAUGUUAACAUUCUUUCCUGCGGAUCCUCAAGCAAUUUUUGAUCUGAUACCAGCUGACAUGGUGGUGAAUGCGAUGCUGGUGGCAAUGGUAGCACAUGCAAAUCAGACUAGUGAUGAUAUCGCCAUAUAUCAUGUGGGUUCUUCUGUUAGUAAUCCUGUGAGAUACCACAGUCUCUGCAACUAUGGCCUAAGAUAUUUCACUGCAAAACCUUGGAUAGAUAGAGAUGGAAAUCCUGUCAAAGUUAGAAAAGUUACCAUAUUGAGCAACAUAGCAAGCUUUCACAGAUACAUGUUCAUUCGCUACGUGCUUCCUUUAAAGGGAUUAGAAUUGCUCAAUGAAAUUUUAUGCAAGUAUUUUCAAGAGACAUGUGAUGACCUUAACAGAAAGCUUCGUGUUGUCAUGCGAUUGGCUUCUUUUUACAUGGUCUAUGCAUUCUUCAAUGGCGUAUUUGAUAACAUGAACACAGAAAAGUUGCUAGCCAUGGCAAGAGAAGUUGGGGAUCCAAGAGAGGUGGAUAUGUUCUACUUUGAUCCAAAAAUUAUUGAUUGGGAUGACUAUUGCAUGAAUAUCCAUCUCCCUGGUAUCAUUAAGCAUGCUUCCAAGAGAUAA